AUGUUGUCGGUGGUCUUGCAUUCAAGAAUGCUUUUAUAUUUUGAUACCAGUAGAAGCAGCAUCUCUUCUUCUUGGCUCGUGAAAUUUGGGGUUCUUUUGGUAUCCAUCAUAAUUUUUCAAAAGUUAGAAUGUCAGACAACGAAAUACCGUAGUUGCAACAAAGAAGCAAUUGCAAAUUGCAAUUGUGAAAAUAAACGAAAUUUAAAUUUAACAGAAUUCCCUGUAAUCAACAUUAAUGAAUUGCAAUUUCCAUUGAUAACUGACAGCCAAUCAAAUCGCAGAUCAACGUUGAUCCCCGGUUAA